UAUGAUUAGGGCUGCGGUGAGGGAAGAAGACUGCCACUGUGGAAGGUCAAGGGGCUUUUUUACACGCAGUUGGCGCCUUCUUAUUGACCGCACACCAUGAGCUGCAGUUAAUUUAUUUGCAACGUUGUGUUGCAGUUCCUGAAUCAGUGGCUUUGGCUAGAAUACUGGAGGAAGAAUGAGACAUGUGCAGUUGAUCUCCAGGGAGUGAGCAGAGUGAGCACAAACGUUGUGGAGUUAGUAUUCAGCAUGGCUCUGGAGAGCACGUCGCUCCUGAAAGCAGGGCUUGUGUUGUUGAUGGCAGCUCAAGUGCUUCCAUCAGUGUCUGGCUGCAACAAGGGUUUCUACGAGAGGAUGAUCAAUGAUCUCUGCCUAGCUAAGUUCAAAUUCGACAUGGGAGGACUGGACCGAGGCCUGUGGUGCAGCUGGCCGGACACUAUGGAAAUCUACGAGGGGCUAACAAACUGCACCUACCAGGUGGCCUUGAGGAUGGACUGCUUCUGGCCAAAUCAGAUAGUCGACCGCUUCUUCAUGCAGAUUCACCGGAUCUACUUCCACAACUGCGCUCUGACUGGCCGGCUACUCCACGACCCACCGUCCAGCAUCCUCGCCCCGUUCAUCGCAGUGCCAGUACUGGUCACCCUGCUCAUGACUGCCCUAGUGGUGUGGAGGAGUAAACGCACAGAAGGGGUUUUAUAGAGACUAUGGCUUCUGGAUUUGGGCUCAAGGCUUGUAAAUACAUAUGGACUCCUGACAGACAGAGACUGAGCAUGUGAUAAAGGAUUUUUAGGUGAUUUUUGAAUAAUGUGUUGAGUUGAUACACUUACUUAUUAUCUUGAAAUAGUAUUAUUUGAAUAUUAACAUGAAUAUGAGUGUGUGGACGGUGCAGUGAAACAAGUGCAUGUCAUACUGUGACUGCAGCAUAGGUUGACCAUAAUGCAAUACUAUCUAAUAAAUGCUGAUUUGGUAUAUAAAUGUUGUAAAAGAU